GAUGUGGCAAAAAUGAAACGAAUUAUUUAAAAUUUACUAGACUACUCAUACCGUAGCUUAUAAAUCAUAUCUAAAAUAUUAAGUGUCCAAACGCUUACAUACACCAAAUCAGUGCUUCAUUCACCGCCCGCUUGAUUAACAAAAUCUCUGAAAUCGCGAAUGUCCUUCCGCCGCAACGUCCGCGCUGCUGCUUCCGGAUUGUCAGUCUGAGCUGUUUCCGCCGCCAUUGCGGGUCUGAGCGAGUCCCAUCCGUGCAGAGAGGGGAGAAAAAACAUCAACCAUCUGGCGGAUUGGCUUGACACGACGAAAAUACGACACUUGCAUUCUCUGUUUGAUAUAACCACCAGUCCUGCAUUUGAUCUGUUUUGAAUCGAGGGUGUCAGCGGAGAGGAGGUCGUCGCUCGCUAAAGCUAGGGAGAAUUUUUGCGAGGAGUCCGGCCGGGAGGAUUGAGAACAGAAAGCCCAAACCAUGGCUCAGAUCCUUCCUAUCCGCUUCCAGGAGCACCUGCAGCUCCAGAACCUGGGCAUAAACCCAGCAAAUAUUGGGUUUAGCACCCUUACGAUGGAGUCAGAUAAGUUCAUCUGCAUCCGGGAAAAGGUGGGCGAACAGGCCCAGGUUGUGAUCAUUGACAUGAGCGAUCCCAACACUCCCAUCCGCAGGCCCAUCUCUGCAGAUAGUGCCAUCAUGAACCCAGCCAGCAAAGUCAUUGCUCUUAAAGCGGCAAAAACCCUUCAGAUUUUCAACAUUGAAAUGAAGAGCAAGAUGAAGGCCCACACCAUGACCGAGGAUGUUACAUUUUGGAAGUGGAUCUCUCUCAAUACCGUAGCACUUGUGACAGACAAUGCGGUCUAUCACUGGAGUAUGGAAGGAGACUCACAGCCUAUCAAAGUCUUUGACCGACAUUCCAGUUUAGCAGGCUGUCAAAUUAUUAACUACCGCACUGACGCCAAACAAAAAUGGCUACUUUUGAUUGGAAUUUCAGCACAGCAAAACCGUGUUGUGGGCGCAAUGCAACUUUACUCAGUGGACAGAAAGGUGUCGCAGCCAAUCGAAGGCCAUGCUGCUGGAUUUGCUCAGUUUAAAAUGGAGGGAAAUGCUGAGGAAUCCACACUUUUCUGCUUUGCUGUUCGGGGACAAGCUGGAGGAAAGUUGCACAUUAUUGAGGUUGGAACACCUCCGACUGGGAAUCAACCUUUUCCAAAGAAAGCAGUCGAUGUAUUUUUCCCUCCAGAGGCUCAGAAUGAUUUUCCAGUUGCCAUGCAGAUAAGCUCCAAGCAUGAUGUAGUCUUUCUCAUCACCAAAUAUGGCUACAUCCACUUGUAUGACCUUGAGACGGGUACCUGCAUCUACAUGAACAGGAUCAGUGGAGAAACCAUUUUUGUCACCGCCCCCCAUGAAGCCACAUCUGGAAUAAUUGGCGUGAACCGGAAGGGACAGGUACUGUCUGUGUGCGUGGAGGAGGAAAACAUCAUCCCUUACAUCACUAACGUGCUGCAGAACCCUGAUCUAGCCCUCAGGAUGGCCGUCCGCAACAAUCUGGCAGGUGCCGAGGAGCUCUUCGCUCGAAAAUUCAACAACCUGUUUGCUAGUGGCAGCUACUCUGAAGCUGCCAAAGUUGCUGCCAAUGCGCCAAAGGGGAUUCUGCGCACCCCAGACACCAUCCGUCGGUUCCAGAGUGUUCCUGCCCAGCCUGGUCAGACUUCUCCCCUGCUGCAGUACUUUGGGAUUCUGCUGGACCAAGGCCAGCUGAACAAAUUUGAGUCAUUGGAGCUUUGCAGGCCCGUCCUGCAGCAAGGCCGCAAACAGCUCCUGGAGAAAUGGCUGAAGGAAGACAAGCUGGAGUGUUCUGAAGAAUUGGGUGAUUUGGUGAAGUCUGUGGAUCCAACUCUUGCUCUUAGCGUUUAUCUCAGAGCCAAUGUUCCCAACAAAGUGAUCCAGUGUUUUGCAGAGACCGGGCAGUUCCAGAAAAUUGUACUGUAUGCAAAAAAGGUUGGCUACACUCCAGACUGGAUCUUCCUGUUGAGGAACGUCAUGCGGAUCAGUCCAGAACAAGGCCUGCAGUUCUCCCAAAUGCUCGUUCAAGAUGAGGAACCUCUGGCUGACAUCACUCAGAUUGUGGAUGUGUUUAUGGAGUAUAACCUGAUCCAGCAGUGCACUUCUUUCCUGUUGGAUGCCCUGAAGAACAACCGCCCCACCGAAAGUCCUUUGCAGACUCGUCUGUUGGAGAUGAACUUGAUGCAUGCCCCACAGGUGGCAGAUGCCAUCUUAGGGAACCAGAUGUUCACUCACUAUGACCGGGCCCAUGUGGCUCAGCUGUGUGAGAAGGCAGGUCUGCUGCAGAGAGCUCUGGAGCACUACACUGACCUGUAUGACAUCAAACGGGCCGUGGUUCACACCCACCUGCUCAACCCAGAGUGGCUGGUGAACUUCUUUGGCUCUCUGUCUGUGGAGGACUCUCUGGAGUGUCUGAGAGCCAUGCUAUCUGCCAACAUCAGGCAGAACCUCCAGAUCUGCGUCCAGGUGGCCUCCAAGUAUCACGAGCAGCUCUCCACCCAGUCCCUCACAGAGCUUUUUGAAUCCUUCAAGAGCUUUGAGGGUCUGUUCUACUUCCUGGGCUCCAUUGUGAAUUUCAGCCAGGAUCCAGAGGUUCACUUCAAAUACAUCCAGGCUGCCUGUAAAACUGGUCAAAUCAAAGAAGUGGAGAGAAUCUGUAGAGAGAGCAACUGUUACGAUCCUGAGCGUGUGAAGAACUUCCUCAAGGAAGCAAAACUAACCGACCAGUUGCCUCUCAUCAUUGUGUGUGACCGCUUUGACUUUGUCCACGACCUCGUGCUCUACUUGUACCGCAACAACCUGCAGAAGUACAUCGAGAUCUACGUUCAGAAGGUGAACCCCAGCCGUUUACCCGUGGUGAUUGGUGGACUGCUGGACGUGGACUGCUCUGAGGACGUCAUUAAGAACCUUAUUCUGGUGGUCAGAGGGCAGUUCUCCACUGAUGAGCUUGUGGCCGAGGUGGAGAAAAGAAACAGACUGAAGCUGCUUCUGCCGUGGUUGGAGGCCCGCAUUCACGAGGGCUGUGAGGAACCUGCUACCCAUAAUGCUCUGGCUAAGAUUUACAUCGACAGCAACAACAACCCUGAGCGCUUCCUCAGAGAAAACCCCUUCUAUGAUAGCCGCGUGGUGGGCAAGUACUGCGAGAAGAGGGACCCCCAUCUGGCCUGUGUGGCUUAUGAGAGAGGACAGUGUGACCAAGAGCUCAUCCAUGUUUGCAAUGAGAACUCACUCUUCAAGAGUCUGUCCCGAUACCUUGUGCGUCGUAAGGACCCCGAGCUGUGGGCUAGUGUGCUUCUGGAAACCAACCCUUACAGGAGACCCCUAAUCGAUCAGGUUGUGCAGACUGCACUUUCUGAGACCCAGGACCCUGAGGAAGUCUCUGUUACUGUCAAAGCUUUCAUGACUGCUGACCUACCCAAUGAACUCAUUGAGCUCCUGGAGAAAAUCGUCCUGGACAACUCCGUUUUCAGCGAACACCGGAACCUGCAGAACCUCCUGAUCCUGACGGCCAUCAAAGCUGACCGCACACGUGUCAUGGAGUACAUCAACCGCCUCGACAACUACGACGCCCCGGACAUCGCUAACAUCGCCAUUAGCAAUGAGCUCUUCGAGGAGGCUUUUGCGAUCUUCAGGAAGUUCGAUGUGAACACAUCAGCAGUGCAGGUUCUUAUCGAGCACAUUGGGAAUCUGGACCGGGCCUAUGAGUUUGCUGAGCGCUGUAAUGAGCCGGCCGUGUGGAGUCAGCUGGCUAAAGCACAGCUGCAAAAGGGGCUGGUGAAAGAGGCCAUUGACUCUUACAUCAAAGCUGACGAUCCCUCAGCCUACAUGGAAGUGGGACAAGCUGCAGCCCAAAGUGGGAACUGGGAGGAUCUGGUCAAGUUUCUGCAGAUGGCUCGUAAGAAGGCCCGAGAAUCUUACGUAGAGACCGAGCUGAUCUUUGCCUUGGCCAAGACUAACCGUCUAGCUGAACUGGAGGAGUUUAUCAAUGGGCCAAACAACGCACACAUUCAACAAGUUGGUGACCGAUGCUAUGAUGAGAAGAUGUACGAUGCAGCUAAACUACUUUAUAACAAUGUAUCUAACUUCGGGCGUCUGGCCUCCACUCUGGUGCAUCUUGGGGAGUAUCAGGCUGCUGUCGAUGGGGCCCGCAAAGCCAACAGCACGAGGACCUGGAAAGAGGUUUGCUUUGCCUGUGUUGACGGGAAGGAGUUUCGUCUGGCUCAGAUGUGUGGAUUACAUAUUGUCGUUCAUGCUGAUGAACUUGAGGAGCUCAUCAACUACUACCAGGACCGUGGCUAUUUCGAGGAGCUGAUCACCAUGCUGGAGGCGGCGCUGGGCUUGGAGCGCGCUCACAUGGGCAUGUUCACAGAACUGGCCAUCCUCUACUCUAAAUUCAAACCGCAAAAGAUGAGGGAGCACCUGGAGCUCUUCUGGUCCAGAGUUAACAUUCCCAAGGUUUUGAGGGCAGCUGAGCAGGCUCACCUGUGGGGCGAACUAGUAUUCCUGUAUGAUAAAUAUGAGGAGUAUGAUAAUGCUAUCAUCACCAUGAUGAACCAUCCUGCAGAUGCCUGGAAGGAGAGCCAGUUCAAGGACAUCAUAACCAAGGUGGCUAACGUUGAGCUGUAUUACAAAGCCGUCCAGUUUUACCUGGAGUUUAAACCGCUGUUACUGAACGACCUGUUGAUCGUACUGUCCCCACGUCUUGACCACACUCGUGCCGUCAAUUUCUUCAGCAAGGUCAAGCAGUUGCCGUUGGUGAAAGUUUACCUGAGAUCUGUACAGAACCACAACAACAAGGCUGUAAACGAGGCACUAAAUAAUCUCUUCAUCACAGAGGAGGAUUAUCUGGCUCUGCGCACAUCCAUCGAUGCCUACGACAACUUCGACAACAUAUCUCUGGCUCAGAGCCUGGAGAAGCAUGAACUCAUCGAGUUCAGGCGAAUCGCCGCCUACCUGUUCAAAGGCAACAACCGCUGGAAGCAGAGCGUGGAGCUCUGCAAGAAAGACAAACUCUACAAGGACGCGAUGCAGUACGCUUCAGAGUCAAAGGACACAGAGCUGGCCGAGGAGCUGCUGCAGUGGUUCUUGCAGGAUGACAAGAAAGAGUGUUUUGCCGCCUGCCUGUUCACCUGUUACGACCUGCUGAGGCCUGACGUGGUGCUGGAGACAGCGUGGAGACACAACCUCAUGGACUUCUCCAUGCCCUACUUCAUCCAGGUCAUGAGGGAGUACCUCUCCAAGGUUGAUGCAAUUAAGGAAAAGGUUGAUAAGUUGGAUGCUUCAGAGUCUUUGAGGAAAGAGGAAGAACAGCUCACGGAGGCACAACCCAUUGUCUAUGGCACACCCCAGCUGAUGCUCACUGCAGGUCCCAAUGUCGCAGUACCCCCACAGCAGCCUUACGGCUACGGAUACCCCACGGCACCUGGCUACGGCCAACCCGCACAGCCAGGCUUCGGCUAUGGCAUGUAAAGCCCUCCUGCCCACAGCUGUCCAUCCAUCUCUCCUUAAGUUCCUUACUAGCUUAUUGUGGUCUACACACAAGGUUAUAUAAAGUAAAAAAAAAAAAAAAAAGUUACGCGUUUUAAAUUAUUUUCCUUAAAAUGCAAUGAAGGACUUCAUUUUUAUUUGUAUUGUCAAAGAAAACAAUCGGACCACAUUUGUUUUAUUUCACAUUCCAUAUAUUUAAGGCUACUUGUAUCACUAGGAAUUUUUUUGUGUGUGUGAUUUAAUUUUUUUAAGGGGGCAAUGGGUUGUGUAUGUAAAUGGAGUGUUGAGAAGAGCAAUUAACCUUAAAACAUGUCGUGAAGCAUCUGAUUUGCACUCUGUCGUGAGAGGAAACUAAUGUAGAAUCUCUUAAUUUUGAUGUAUUGUAUGUGAAGAGCUUACACUGUCAGUCUGUUUAAUGCAUUUCAUUAUUGUAUAUUAUGAAAAAGGUUAAAACAAUAUUUGAACAUGAACGUAUGCAUCCAUGGGUACAUUUAGCUAACACUAAGUAAUAAUCUGAUAUUCUACACAAAUAUGUAGCUGUAUGGACAUUUUAAGCGCAUACAGACAUAAAUAUAGUAAACGAUUUUAAUCCCUUAGCCUAAACAGGUUUCCCCGAUCGACCUCGUAGUUGUUAACAUCUCAUUCACUCCAUGUGUAACAGGUGACCUUUCCUUGUAUUGAAUACAGUGCUCUUUCUUGUGUGAGUCCAUUUCCAUAAAUGAGCAAGGGAUACAUUGA